UGAAAUCUUGCACUUCGCAACGCGAGUGGACAAGUAGCGAGAAAACACCGAAACACGCGUCCGUACGUAAGAAACCACCACUUUAGGACUAUAGGAUACAACAGAAACGUUUCACAUGGGGAGCUGAAAGAAGAAAAUGACGUUGAUGCGUUACAGUAUGUUACUAUUUUCAGUUUUGGAGUUACUGUUGUUUGGAUGCACAGCUGGUUUGUCUCGUGCCGCGCAGCACCAGAGCGAUGAGAGCGAGUCACAAGGCGCGAGACUCCCGCGAUCUGUGCCGGGCGAGCCUCUGGAAACGACCACCAUCCCAAACCACUUACAGGAGGACGACAGGGACUUCAGGGUUUCCCCUUUCACCCCCAAAAUGACCAUCACAACCAGAGACUCCAGGACCACUGGUAAAUCUAACCAGCUUGAGCCCCUCUGGGUGACCACGACGGCUGCGCCUCUGACCAAAACAACGAAUCCAACCUUCAAACGCACUGAAGUUAAGCCAACAUUCUUCUCAAAACUAAACAUUACAGUAAAUUCUACUUCCAUAAGUUACACAACAAACACGCUACCUGAACAAGAAGGUUCAAGCAGUUCAUGGACUGCGAAAAGCACCACUAAUCCUCUCCUGACCACUGAGAAAGGACAUCAGUGUAACUGUAGUGCUGAGGGUUCAGUGAACCCAGAUACCUGUGACCUGGUCACAGGUCAGUGUGAGUGUUUGCCUGAAUACACGGGUCACCAGUGUGACAGAUGUAAGGAUGAGUAUUUUCCCAACGGGACCAGCGGCUGCCAGGCCUGUGGCUGUGACUUUGGAGCCGUGAACAAACUCUGCAAUAGUUCAGGCGUGUGCACGUGCAAGGCAGGGGUGCAUGGGGACAAGUGCGACAACUGCGGUCCAGGGUUCACGCAGUUCAACAGCACGGGGUGCCAACCAUGCCAAUGUAGUAAUCACAGCAACUCCUGCAACCCACUUACAGGCCUCUGCGUCAACUGCCAGGGCAACACCGAAGGAUCCGGCUGUGAGUACUGCAGGUAUAAUUUCUACCGAAAGCCCGGGAGUCCUGUGACGGACGCCUGUAUCCCCUGCCCCUGUUCCAGCGUGACUUCGACGGGCAGCUGUACGCUAAACGAAAGCGGUCAGCCCAUCUGUAACCAGUGCAAGCCAGAGUACCAGGGUAGUAACUGUGACCAGUGUAGCGAUGGCUUCUACAACGCCGACAGCAUCUGCAUUCCCUGUAACUGCACUGGGAACGAAGACCCGCACACAUCCCCUCAGAUCUGUCAACAAGACACGGGCCAGUGCCUGAGGUGCAUCAACAACACUACGGGCCUGCACUGUGAGCGUUGCGCCGACGGCUUCACGGGGGACGCCCUCGCCAAGAACUGCACUCCUACAGUCGUCCAAACGUCACCAUCCACCACUACCCUGGGGUUUCACUACACCACCAUGACCUCCAGCCCCAAUGCUACAACCCAGUUCAGCAUGUCCACCCUGCUGACAAGAUUAGGCACCUCGGCUCCUAACACCACCAAGGCUGCAGUGACUCAACUCCCAUGGAACCAGUUUAACAUCAUCAUCCUGGCGGUCAUCAUUAUAGUGGUGGUGGCUCUCAUGGCGGCGGUGGGAGGCGUGUACACAUACAGGGAGUACCAGAACCGCAAGCUGAACGCCCCCUUCUGGACCAUUGAGCUUAAGGAGGACAAUAUCAGCUUCGGCAGCUAUCACGAUAGCAUUCCAAACGCAGACAUAUCGGGGCUUUUAGAGGAGGAAGUGAACGAAAUAAGCAAUGGACAACUUGCUUUAAGUGUUCCGAGUAGUUUGUAUAAGAUCUGAUCUGUGUUGAGUUUUAAACAAUACUGUGGCAGGAACAUGGCUACUGUGCCAGCACUGGCCCAGGGGUCCUAAGAUUGUGGAUACGUGGACCCUCAUUUUUUAUUUUUUAUUUUAUGAUGCACAACGAACAGGACCUGGUGUCCUCAGCAAACAUGGCGCAAACACAAAACCAGAAAGAGAGACAAACAUCAGCUGUCGGAUGUGCCACUGUCCGGUUGGAGACCUUGGGAGACUCAAAACUCAUUUUGUCUUUCUUCAAAACCAGAGACAAAUUUACUAAUGUAUGAGAGAAAACUAGAGACUAAGGCAUGUCAGUAGUGAUAGCAAUACACAAUGAGACUUGCAUGUUUCAUUACUCAUGCUUUUCCACAGAUAAUUUAUUGAAAUGCACCUGCUUUUUCGACAUUGUUUGCACAUUUUCAUGCAAAGAUUUGCCGAUAUGCAGUUGCAUACGAUACAACUGUCCAUUAACCCGUUCCCAUUGUUAAUGCUGAGAAUUAAAAUGAGAAUGGAUGUUCAUUUUCAACAAGCUCAGGAUAGAUUUUGUUUUGGUUGUGCAAGAAUUUUUUGACGCUAGAAAAUAAGGACAAUGUGAUUACAUAUAAAUUACUAUAGAGGGCAGCAUUGCACAUGGCCUGAAAUGCAUUUGCUUGGUAUGAAAUGGAAAUGUGUCAUUCUGAGUGACAGAAUGACACAUUUGUCAUUCUGAGUGAUUCUGAGCAAAUGAUACGAUGAGGUGAUUCAUUUUUAAGCUAAAGAGGAUCUGUGUGUCAGUUUUAAAAAGACAGAGAUGAAUGAUUUUUUUGUCAGUUUUACAAAAGCAAAGUGGAUUUAGAGGACUGAGGACUUUUAGUUGUUUUAUUUAUUUUCAGAAAAUUCUUCUCAAUCCUCCUUUUAUUUAUGACUGUCACGGUGUGCCGGGCCAUAUUGUGUUGGCUUUAGCAAUUUCUCGGAUUUGUGAAGUCAUCUGACUGGGAGCAUUUAACAAUUUGGUUAAUUUAUUUGAUGGACCCUCUCGCUCAAACUUUAAAAAAGGGUAUCACAUGGCACAAAUAUGAGCAGCCGUCAUUUAUUCAAUCUGCCUUAGCACGGGCUGAAACAGGUUGAGAGAGAGGUCAAUAAAUGAAUCAGUGCAGACAUAUACCAGUGUGUGGGUGUGCCUGCAGGUGUCAAGGUUAAUAUAUGACAGAGCGCAUUGGGUGGAAAAGUACAAAGGAGAAGUACAGUAGAACUGAGUUUGAAAAAAAAAAUGAGGUGUGGAGAAACAUGACAAAUGUAUAAUCAGUUUCAACAAUAUGUCUGAUGAAGAAGAAGACAAGAAAAUCUGCCCUUUGCUCAUUUUAGCUCCCUCUCUUAUUCCACAGUCCUGAAGCUACGCUCAUCAGAAGUGUGUUUACUGUAAAUAAAAUGAUAUGGAUAAUAGAUGUACAGAAUAGUUGUUACAAGGAGGCUGCUAUCAUAUUGGUACGUGGGACACAACAUAUGCAUACAUGCACACACACAGAAACAGAUGUAUUAAAAUGAUAGUUCACACCUGAAAAUGCAAAUUCUGUCAUCAUUUAGUCAUCCUCUUGUCAUUUCAAACCAUUUCAAGAACAGCAAAGAAGAAAUUUUGAAGAAAUUGGGUAAACGAACAGUACCGGUACCAAUUCACUUCUAUUGUAUGGACAUAAAACAGAUACAGAAGUGAAUGGGGCCCAGUUACCAACAUUCUUCAGAAUAUUUUUUGUGUGUGUUCUGCAGAAGGAAGAAAGUCAUAACGGUUGAAAAUGACAAGAGGGUGAGUAAAUGAUGACAGAUUUUUCUUUUCUGGGUGUCCUUUGGGAGACCAUUGUAUGCAUUGUGCUUUAUGCAUGAUGCACCACACUCACAACUCAACUAACUCGAUGAAAGAUUUCAAUAAAAGGAGGUUUUACU